CAAAACGGAGCUCAGCGGCCGCUCUCUCUCUCCUCUCUCUCUCUCUACAGUGGUAGUAGAAUAAGGAUAAAAGCGAACGGAGAUCUACGCCGAUGCUUUUUGGGCAAUUUCUUGGUCGAGAUCGAGGUCCAGAAGGUCGUCUACAAGCAAUCCGAAGCUAACUACGCAAGGAAUCAGAGAGACAGAGCCGACGAUGCCGAGGAACGACGGCGACUCCAGCUCCGGCUCGGGACCUAACCCUAACCCUAAUCCUAACUCCGUCCCAAAACUUAGCAACGGCGGGACGCCGCCCCAGCUCAAGAGGUCGCGGACCAUCACUGCAACCGUGGCCUCCGGAGGAGCCGCUGCCGUCCGGCGAGCUGCCACCGGGCCCCUCCCGUCCUCGCGGAGGCUCACGGUCGCCGUCGAUAACCCCUCCGACGCCCCGGCAAAUGGCGGCGUCUUCGACCGGGACUGGUGCUACCCCUCCUUCCUCGGGCCCUACGCGGCGCGGCCCCGCGCCACCGGCCGGGCGUCCUCCUCCGGGCCAAAAAAGCUGGACGUGCCGCUGCCGCUGCAGAGCUCGGCCGAUCGGAGUUCUGCGGCUCUUUCGGACGAGGAGGAGAAGGUAGUGGAGGAGCGGCCUCUGGUUCUUGAAGAAAGAAAGCAGGGCCCAUUCCCUUCCACUUCGAUAUCUCCUCCUAAAAGGAACUCCCGGUUUGACAACAAUUCUUUGAUUCUUUCACUCUUCAUUGUCGCGUGUGCCCUUUUAGCCAUCUCUCAGCAAAAGAGAAUUAUAGAGCUCGAGGAAGAGAUUAACAACCUAAAUAGGUUUUGCAACUUUGAUGGUGUUAAUGGACAUGAAAAAGUUGCGGUUUUGCAGUUCGGCAGAAAUAGCCUUGGCAAUAGGAGUAUUGCUCUGUAUAUUGUUUUUCUGUCACUAGCAUCGCCAUUCUUGGUGCUUAAAUUCCUUGACCAUAUUCCCCAAAUAAAGGCACGCCCUGAGUCUUUGAAUUGCAACGAUGAAGAGGUUCCCCUGAAGAAGAGGAUUGCAUAUAGAGUGGAUGUCUUCUUCUCUGUGCAUCCUUAUGCUAAACUACUUGCGCUCCUUUUCUCGACGGUACUCCUUAUUGGAAUUGGCGGGUUGGCACUGUAUGCAGUCAGUGAUGCUAGCCUUUCUGAAGCUCUUUGGCUUUCGUGGACCUUUGUGGCAGACUCUGGAAACCAUGCGGACCAAGUUGGCUCAGGGCCAAGAAUUGUUUCAGUGUCAAUCAGUUCAGGGGGAAUGUUAAUAUUUGCCAUGAUGCUCGGGCUCGUAUCAGAUGCCAUCUCAGAGAAGGUGGAUUCUUGGCGCAAGGGAAAGAGUGAAGUGAUCGAGAGUGAUCACAUACUAAUCCUCGGAUGGAGUGACAAAUUGGGAUCCCUUCUCAAGCAGCUGGCAAUUGCAAAUAAGAGCAUUGGUGGUGGUGUCAUUGUGGUUCUGGCUGAAAGAGACAAGGAGGAAAUGGAAAUGGACAUCGCAAAGCUUGAAUUUGACUUCAUGGGCACCUCUGUUAUUUGUAGGAGUGGAAGCCCUCUCAUAUUGGCUGACUUGAAAAAGGUGUCAGUUUCAAAGGCACGUGCUAUCAUUGUUUUGGCAGCUGAUGAGAAUGCCGACCAAAGCGAUGCACGUGCCUUGCGAGUGGUGCUUAGUCUUACUGGAGUAAAAGAAGGUUUAAAGGGUCAUGUUGUUGUAGAGUUGAGUGAUCUUGACAAUGAACCUUUGGUAAAACUUGUCGGUGGGGAGCUGAUUGAGACGGUGGUUGCUCAUGAUGUGAUAGGGCGCUUAAUGAUACAAUGUGCACUCCAACCAGGCUUAGCUCAGAUAUGGGAAGAUAUAUUAGGAUUUGAAAAUGCUGAGUUUUAUAUAAAAAGAUGGCCUCAGUUGGAUGGUAUGUGUUUUGAGGAUGUACUGAUCUCAUUCGCUGAUGCGGUACCAUGUGGAGUUAAGGUUGCUGCAAACGGUGGACAAAUCGUAAUCAAUCCUGAUGAUAGCUAUGUUAUAAAAGAAGGUGAUGAAAUCCUUGUUCUUGCUGAGGAUGAUGAUACUUAUUCACCAGGUCCUCCACCGGAGGUGCGGAGGGGUUUCCUGCCUAAUGUUCCCAGCCCUCCUAAGUAUCCAGAAAAGAUAUUGUUCUGCGGCUGGCGACGUGAUAUUGAUGAUAUGAUAAUGGUGUUAGAGGCUUUUCUUGCCCCUGGGUCUGAACUGUGGAUGUUUAAUGAGGUUCCUGAGAAGGAGAGGGAGAAAAAGCUAACAGACGGUGGACUUGAUCUGUCAGGAUUAACAAAUAUAAGACUUGUGCAUAAAGAGGGAAAUGCUGUGAUCCGGAGGCAUUUGGAAAGCUUGCCUCUUGAAACAUUUGAUUCAAUCUUAAUUCUUGCAGACGAGUCUCUGGAAGAUUCUGUUGUGCAUUCUGAUUCACGAUCUCUGGCUACCCUUCUCCUUAUUCGUGAUAUCCAGUCCAAGCGCCUUCCAUCUAAGGAAGCAAAAUCUCCUUUGCGCUAUGCUGGUUUCUCGCAUAGCUCCUGGAUCCGUGAGAUGCAGCAAGCUUCAGACAAAUCAAUAAUCAUCAGUGAGAUCUUGGAUUCAAGGACUAGAAAUCUUGUGUCAGUGUCAAGGAUUAGUGAUUAUGUCUUGUCAAAUGAACUAGUGAGUAUGGCAUUAGCUAUGGUAGCUGAAGACAAGCAAAUCAAUCGUGUUCUUGAGGAACUGUUUGCCGAGGAGGGCAAUGAAAUGUGCAUCAAGUCUGCUGAAUAUUAUUUGUAUGAACAAGAAGAAUUGUGCUUUUAUGAUAUAAUGGUUAGGGCUCGUCAAAGGAAGGAGAUUGUAAUUGGAUAUCGCCUUGCCAACACAGACCAAGCAAUAAUUAAUCCGGAAAACAAGUCGGAGGUUAGAAAGUGGUCUCUUGAUGAUGUUUUUGUUGUCAUCUCCAAUGGUGAUUGAUAUCUCAAAGCAGUUUGUGGUCAGUUGCAUCACUCUAGUUCCACUUAUAUGAUUGUCACAGUCCACCAUGCUGACAGAAGAGAGAGAAUUUUGGUACCAUGAUUGAUACAUUAAGAAUCAUGCCUCUUUAACUUCUGAGUCUGUGCUACAUCAUCCUGAUGCUUGUACCCAUGAAUAUGAUUUUGCAGCAGCUUACCUUUGAGCUAAUUGUUGUACCUUUCUAUCUGAUUAGUGAUCAAUAAACUUGGAAGUAUGUACAUAAUUUUUUUUUUCAACUUUACUGCAAGAUAUGAUAAUAAUUUUAGCCUUCUC